AUGGCACCAAAAGCUGAAAAGAAACCUGCAUCGAAAACCACUGCUGCUAAAAAAACCACUGCUUCUACGGAUGGCGCUAAGAAAAGGUCUAAAGCCAGAAAGGAGACUUACUCUUCUUACAUCUACAAGGUUUUGAAGCAAACACAUCCAGAUACUGGUAUUUCUCAAAAGUCUAUGUCUAUCUUAAAUUCUUUUGUUAAUGACAUUUUUGAGAGAAUCGCUUCAGAGGCUUCAAAAUUAGCAUCUUAUAAUAAGAAAUCUACUAUUUCUGCGAGAGAAAUUCAAACUGCUGUUAGAUUGAUCUUGCCAGGUGAAUUAGCGAAGCACGCAGUGUCUGAAGGUACUAGAGCUGUGACUAAAUAUUCUUCCUCAACACAGGCUUAG